AUUCCUAAUUUCACAUCAAAAGCUAUUAUUUUUACUCAGCAAGACCUGUUUCAAAAGAAUAACAGGAGAAAGAAAGCCUCAAUCAAUCCCCUUUCCUCUCUCUCAUGAUUGCUCUCUGUUAGAUUCUCCCAGAUCUCUACUUUCUCUUUUUCUCUCUCUAUAUUUUUUAUACCUCUCUCUAUAUAUCUAUAUCUAUCUAUAUGCGUGUUCGUAUUGUUGAAGCCAUCUUGGGAUAAGAGUUCGGAGACAUGUCGACGCCGGCGAGGAAGAGGCUGAUGAGGGAUUUCAAGCGGUUGCAGCAAGAUCCACCCGCCGGAAUCAGUGGCGCCCCUCAGGACAACAACAUCAUGUUGUGGAACGCUGUCAUUUUUGGACCUGAUGAUACUCCUUGGGAUGGAGGUACGUUUAAGCUGACUUUGCAAUUCACAGAGGACUACCCAAAUAAACCACCAACAGUACGUUUUGUCUCUCGGAUGUUCCAUCCAAACAUCUAUGCAGAUGGAAGUAUUUGCUUGGAUAUUCUACAGAAUCAGUGGAGUCCCAUAUAUGAUGUUGCAGCUAUCCUCACUUCCAUCCAGUCACUGCUGUGUGAUCCAAACCCAAAUUCUCCAGCGAAUUCUGAGGCCGCUCGCAUGUUCAGUGAAAAUAAGCGGGAAUACAACCGAAGAGUGCGUGAGAUAGUGGAGCAGAGCUGGACAGCUGACUGAAUACCAAACAAAACACCACCUAGCUCUGUUGUGCCAAAAGAAAAUAAGAAGUGAGGAAGUGGUGUUUGAAAUUGUUGGUUUUGAAGCGAGACUUCUGCAAACCUCGUGUAUUCAAUAUCAUAUGUUUUUGUGUGCAUUUCUCAUAGGAAAUUGCUUUGUAGUGAAUUGAUUUCGCUUAUGAACAGCUUUGUUUGAAACUAUAGAUUGCCCAGGGAUCUAUCUUGAUUCUUCUAAUAUUAUGUUUCAAGCAUCCACGGUAAGUCUGUUUUUGUAGCAUGUGUAUAAAGUAUUUUGUUGUAGUUGUA